AUGGGCGUCAACACCAUUUCCGCUGCCAUACACAUCACCCCUGUCGUCUUGAAAACAUUCUUGAAGCAUGGAAGGAAAAAGGGUCAUAAGUGGAAGGACGGAGACUCCGAAGAAGAGGCAACAGAUGACAUCUUUUUCGACGAGGCCUUCCAUAUCGUUCAAGCGUUCAUCAAACUGGGCACGCAUAACACGGUCGAAUCAUUACAAAACUUCACGAAUACCCAUGUCCCUUCACCUCCCUGGGCUGUUGUUGCAGCAGUUCGGAUCCCGCUAACUUCGUGCAAUCGAGCAGCUGACGUGUUGAAAGACUGGUUCAGUCCAGACGAGCUAAAGCGGGUUGUUGGUGGUGAGCGUUGGUGGCAAAUAAGAGGAUUGGAUGGGAUAGACGCAGAGUGGAUUACCGAGAGGAAAUUCUUGUCACACGGACAUACGCAUAGCUCUCGAGGACAAAAGUUGAAUGAGAUAGACAAAGAUAUCUCGCGUAUGGAUCACUUGGACACGCUGUACGUUCAUGGAGGUGCAUAUUUUUGGGGGUCGAUAAAUACCCAUAGGUACCAGGUUAUCCGCUAUGCGCGGUUAAUCAAGGGCCGAGCUUUUGCGGUCAAUUAUCGGAAAGCUCCCCAGUACCCAUGGCCAUGUCCACUCCAAGACGUUCUAGCAUCUUAUUUUUAUCUCUUAGAGCCUCCCCCCGAUGCUGUCCAUAAGCCUAUUGCCCCAUCGAAGAUCGUGUUUGCUGGAGAUUCUGCUGGAGCUGGCCUAUGUUUAUCGGCACUUACCGUAUUGAGAGACCUGGGGCUUCCUCUCCCCGCUGGCGCCGUCUUAAUCAGCCCUUGGGUAGAUCUUACACACAGUUUUCCUAGUGUCAUGACAAACACAGCUACAGAUAUAAUUCCCCCUCACGGUUUCAUUCAUAAACAUUCCCCCACUUGGCCCAUCCAUGCUCUUUCGGAAGGUGGACGCACCCGUGUUAUGCCAACAUCGACGAAUCCACCUCCCAAGCCCGGGCAUGCGGAUGUACUGCAACCAAGCGAUGAACGCAUGACUAGUGAAGUUGAAGCGCGCUUGGAGGAGGGCAUUAAAUCAGGAAACGUUGUAAGUUCUGGAGAUAUAUCGGAGCAUGCGGAAAAGAUCGGAAGUCAGCAAGAAAUGUUUGAGGAAUCUGGUCCCGAUGGGUCUGACGCACCGGUUUCUUCCACACCCGACGCCAAGCUUUGUCACAGUACGAAUGGAGAGUCUUCCGAGGCAACACAGGCAAAUAACAUUCAGAGUGAUCCCAACUACGACGCUGCUAUUGAUUUUUGGCAACCCAAGCCCCCGAAAGUUCUCAUGGAAGAUCCCAAUUCCAGACCCCUGGAGCUUCGGUCACAAAUCCAGCUCUAUGCGACCAAUGAACAACUCACGCAUCCCCUUGUUUCCCCUGCACUGCAGAGCUCCCUUGGUAACUUGUGCCCGUUGUAUAUCUUAGGUGGUGACGGGGAGCUCCUUCGAGACGAGAUAAUAUAUAUCGCUCAUAAGGCUGCCCACCCCAAAGAAUAUCCAGCAAGAGAAGGUACUAUUCGAGAGGGUCAUAGACAGAAGGAUAACGCAGAAAAGUUCCAGACGCCCACCAAAGUCCACCUUCAAAUCUAUGAUGGUAGAGCACCAAUUCUUAAAAAUGGUAACGCCUCAUCCUCAUUCUGCUAUCCACCAGGGAUGUGUCAUGUUCUAACAGUGUUUACGUUCACACAAUGUGCAAAAUAUGCGUACAGGUCCAUAGCCCAAUUCGUCAGGCACGUCACGACUCAGUCCAUCGAUCAUCUGGACCGGAAUCCUUUUCCAGAGUUGCACAUCCCUCCCGAUGACCUUUUGGAUAUUGAUUCCGAAGAGGAGAAUUACUGCAUUUGGCCGGAAGCACGUCAUCCAGUAGAGAGCGGCGAGAAAAACACGAAAGAAAUGGAUCCUGUCUCCAGUUUACAUAGCGGCGCCGAACACUUCAAGCGUAAUGAGGAGAAAGCGAAAGAAGAGGUCGAAAAGGGCGAAGCAGAGCAAGCCCCAUGUGGUACUGAAGAGGUGACAAAUGGUUCUAGUCCUUCCGGAAAAGAUAUUCCGCGCGUCAUCAUGAUCAGAGAACGAGUGGAUAUAUUUGGUCAAGUCAGGUCGAUGGAACCUAAAGAAGAAAUCGAGGCUUUGCGACUCGAGCCACAAGAGAUUGGGAUCAUCAAGGAGGCACCUGUCAAGCGAUGGCUAAUUGGGCAAGAACACUGGGACAAGAAGUACAAGCGCGCAGCGCAUAAGGUCAUAGUUCGCAGGCGUCGAUACGAGCGCAAAGCGCAACGACUAUUACAGCAUGCGCUAGACCAAGGAAGUCUCCGCCAUAACCCCACAAGACCUCAGCCGCCUGAAAGAACCACGAGCCAUACCUCACUUGCGUCAGGUGUAUUCGGACGUAUCGAGCAAGAUAGACGAUGGGGACCUCUUGAUCUCGGAGGUGAGUCCCCGCCUGCGAGCGCCAUUGCUGGGAGGAGGGAUACGCGUGAGGCAGUCGCUCUUCUGAAGAAACAUAUCUACCACACUGCACCUAGAACGCACAGGAUGAUUCCCAAGUUAAAAUCCUCAGACUUGAUCCGCGCCGCCUUCGAUCGGGAAGAUCAUCCUACGAAAGCGCCGCAGCAAUCAGCCUCUGAGCAGCAGAGGAGGGUAGAAAACAAGGUCCUGGUUAGAAGUUCGCAGUCUAUAGUGCACGGAUCACGAGCGGCAAAUGCCACGUUGUUCCGUGAGAAAGGAUUAGUCAUUGCUGUUGCCUUUCUUAACCCUUCGCCCUCGCGCCUCGUGCGUGUCUUUGUCGACCUCUCUCCUUCACCACAUAUACGCUCCACUUUUUCUCGUAACUUUGGUAAAAUGCGUGAAGUCAUCUCCGUCCACGUUGGUCAGGCUGGUGUUCAGAUUGGUAACGCCUGCUGGGAACUGUACACCGUUGAACAUGGUCUCAGUCCCGACGGUCGUCUCGUCGAAGGCUCGCCGUCCGCUCACGAUGAUGGUUUCAGCACUUUCUUCUCGGAGACUUCCUCGGGGAAGCACGUGCCGCGGUCCCUGUAUGUGGACCUAGAGCCCAAUGUUAUUGAUGAGGUUCGGAGUGGAACGUACAGGAGUCUUUUCCACCCUGAGACUCUUGUUACUGGUAAGGAGGAUGCGGCGAGUAACUAUGCCCGUGGUCACUAUACCAUUGGUAAGGAGCAAAUCGACACCGUUAUGGACAAGGUUCGUCGGUUGGCCGAUAACUGCAAUGGUCUGCAAGGCUUCUUCGUCUUCCACUCCUUCGGUGGAGGCACUGGCUCUGGUUUCGGUGCCCUUGUCCUGGAGCGUCUUUCCACGGAUUACGGCAAGAAAUCCAAGCUCGAGUUCAGUGUCUACCCUGCACCUACGAUGGCAAACUCUGUUGUUGAGCCUUACAACUCCGUAUUGACGACGCAUACUACGCUUGAGCAUUCUGACUGCUCAUUCAUGGUUGACAACGAAGCAAUUUACGACAUUUGCAAGAAGAGACUCAACAUCACGUCACCAAGCUUCACAAACUUGAACAGAUUGAUUGCUCAAGUCGUUUCCUCCAUCACCGCUUCGCUUCGCUUUGAUGGCUCUCUGAACGUCGACCUGAACGAGUUCCAGACAAACUUGGUCCCCUUCCCUCGUAUUCACUUCCCUCUCGCCACGUUUGCGCCCAUCAUCUCUGCCGAGAAAGCUCACCAUGAGCAGAACUCUGUCGCCGACAUGACGUUCUCUUGCUUUGAGACCGGCAACCAGAUGGUCAAGUGCGACCCACGGGAAGGCAAAUACAUGGCGUGCGCACUUCUCUACCGCGGCGACGUUGUUCCUAAGGAUGUCAAUGCGGCCGUUGGCAUCAUUAAGACAAAGCGGACCAUCCAGUUCGUUGACUGGUGCCCAACUGGCUUCAAGCUUGGUAUUUGCAAUGAGCCUCCUGCACACAUCCCCGGAGGCGACCUCGCAAAGGUCACGCGAAGCCUAUGCAUGUUGUCGAACACUACUGCAAUCUCGACAGCUUGGAGUCGUCUCGACCACAAGUUCGAUCUCCUCUAUUCGAAGCGUGCUUUUGUUCACUGGUAUGUCGGCGAGGGUAUGGAGGAGGGUGAAUUCUCUGAGGCGCGAGAAGACCUUGCUGCUCUUGAGAAGGAUUAUGAGGAAGUCGGAAUCGACUCAGCGGAUGUGGAGGAGGUUGGCGAGUACUAG